AUGGAGAUUCCAAGCUCUGAUGAGAUACUUGAGUGUAUGAGCUCUUGUCUCUCUCAGAUCAAAUGGCGACUCAAGCUCUCUUCAAAACGCCGCCUCGAAAUAGAUGUGCUGGCACUCUGCACGGGAAUGAGACCAGUUGUGAUGAUUGACUAUGGUGGCAAGUUGCCUGAGCUACAAGAUCGCCUGCUUUCUCUUCUUGAGCUUCUCCAUGAGGCUUUACCGAUUUUCAAAUCUUUGAGGGUUAUGGUUAUAGAGGAUAUGAUUUACCUGAUCAAUGUAACAAGACUUGUCAAGUGGUUGAGCUCAGAAACUGAAUUGUUCUUUGUCGAACUGGAACAAGAUCCUCCACAGAUGGUAGAACAAAGCAAAGAAUGCAGUCUAGGGAUGGAACUUAAGUUGAUUCAGAAGCUAUUCUCCUCGACUUUUCCUUUAGAUGGCGGCAAUAAUGAUACCAAAAUAGCUUUAGAUGAAGCCAAGUCUUCUCAGUCUUCUUUAUUCAUUGAUCUUAGUUGUUGUUUACGAGACACUAAGGUUACAAUCCCUACAUUAAACGGAUCUUCCAGGAAUGGUACCAGUGGAGAAGACUCUCAUUUAGAAGAGCUAACAAGGUGCUUCCUGGAAUUUUGUUUUGUGAAGGCUAAUAACGCAGAGGUUUCUGAGACUGUGAGGUUUCAGAGGUUUGGUAGUGCUGAUCUAUCCGAAUGUUUAAGAAGAUGA